AAAUUUACUUUUAAAGCAAAAGAAACAAUAAGAAAUCAUGGAUGUUAAUCUAACACCCGAACAAAUUAAAGAGAUUCGGGAUGCUUUCUCCGUUUACGACAGAGAAAACACUGGAUCAAUCACCUGCCGCGAGCUGGGUGUCGUUCUGCGCUCCCUGGGACAGACGCCCACGGAGGCCGAGCUGUACGACAUGAUCGAGGAGGUCGACGCAGAUAGCAGCGGUUCGAUUGAGUUUGUGGAGUUUCUCCAGAUGAUGGCCAAGAAGUAUCAGGUGCUGAACCUGGACGAGUCUGUGAUGGCUGCCUUCCGCGUAUUCGAUAGCGAUGAAGAUGGAUAUAUAACGGUGCAGGAGAUGCGCAGCGUUAUAGACAGUCUGGGGCAGAAGAUGAGCGAUCAGGAGUUCGAUGAUAUGUUCCGAGUGGCCGAUAGGGACAAUGAUGGGCAACUGAGCUUCGCGGAGUUCCUCCAUGCAUACAGAUCCUAGUCCCUGACUGAAUUACAUAUUUUGAUUCACUUUA